AUGAUAUUUUCGGUUGGGUCCGGGUUCUACAUUUCCAAGUUUUCCCGGUAUGGUGAAGUCAUAUGGGGUGGCUUCGUGUGCUGGACACUUGGAUCAGGUCUUCUUUGCAUCCUCGGCCAGGGCUCCAACCUCGCCGUGCCAAUCAUUGCGCAGAUCAUCAUUGGCGUCGGCGUUGGGAACGUGUUCCAGCCGUGCCUCGUAGCGAUUCAAACUCAUUCGCCAAAGGCGCUUCGCGCCGUGGUGACCUCGAACCGCAACUUCCUCCGCGCUCUUGGCGGUGCGGUUGGCCUUGCCUGCUCAAGCCAGUUGCUACAGUCGUCCUUGCGCAGAGCUCUGCCGGCCGAGCUGAGACAUCUGGUAGCUCCUUCAUGCAAGUUACCUGAUAUCGACAGUCUUCCACCCAGCCAAGCUACUGAGGUGGAGGCGGCGUACGCUCAGGCAAGCCAUGAUGUAUUCAUCUCCAUGGUCCCAAUUAUGGGCCUCUGCCUGGUUCUCUGCGUGUUCAUCAAGGACCACGGCCUGUCAACAACGGAAGUUAAGCCAGCUGCUCAGGACCCUGAAUCAGCUCCACCACAGCAGCAGGUACAGGUACAGGACUCUGGCAAAGACGUGAGCCCCACGGACACUGGAAGCGCCGGAACCGACUCCGAAAGUGGUGGAGGGAACCUGGCAGCCCACGCCAGUCAACCAAAAUACUAG